AUGUUUGAAGUGUAAUUGCCGUGGUGUUUCCUGUCUACCUGGUGUAGCUCUGUGAGCUGGAGAGUCGGAUUUAAUCAUCCACCAACAUUUGCUGGCAGGCAGCGGCUGCUCGUUUACGGAAGCGCGCUCUCCCUCUCUCGUGCAGUCUCGGACGUCUUGUUUAAUUUGAAGGGCACGAGGAAGGCACAGGACAUACAGGCGUGUGUGUGCGUGCUGCUGCAGCCUGUGUCUUUAAACGCAGCAGGAGGAGACAUUUGUGUCUCUGAGAUGUAGCCCGCCUGGCAAAUCUGUCGCCAGCAUCGCUUCAGACCCACCUGCUCCUCGUGCCUGUCAUCCCCCCGCUGAGGACGGAAGGCGCUGGGAUGCCGAUGGUUUCAUCCGGUUGGCGGCUGGAAAAGAAAAGUUCAGUGUGUUUUCCGUCAAUGUUUCACUUCUUCUUGUGAUUCCUGCAAAUUGACAUCCUUCACCGAGGCUCCGAGCGACCCGCUGCAUCUGCAGAAACGAUUUACUCAAGAUCCAUCAGCUGUUAAACAACCUCAACACAAGAAGAAGAAGAACAACCCCUAAACAGGAAUCUUAAGAAAUGGACCAAGAUAAUCCGAACCAAAACCAGACGCAAGAAGACAACCCAAAGGGAGCAGCAGAAGCUUCACCAAAAUCUCCAGCUCCAGCAUCAGAUACAGCGGCUCCAGCCACAGGCCCCACUGCCGAUCAGACUGCGGCUCCUGCCAGGCCUCGACGGCCCCAGAGGAGCGCCAGAAUAGAGGGUUCUGUGGACAUCUCCGAACCCAGAGCUGUGCCCAAAGCUGAAGCAGAAACUGAAGCAGAAGCUGAACCCACUCCAGUGGCUAACCAGGAAGAGUGCACUCCUGAUGGCUCUGUUGCAAGUCGCCCAAAACCCUCUCGGCCUGGAGCAGUCAAAAACUUCGGGCCCAGCCCUAGGCCUGGUCCUAAAGGAGCCGGCCACCAUCCAGUUAGGGCUGCCUCGGUCCCCCACGCACCUGCCAGCAGGCCUGUGGCUCCCCACCUGAACCCUCAUGCACAGAGAGCCUUCUCUGUAGCAGGUACAGCUGACACUCAGGCCCAGACUGUGGAAGACUUCAGGCUGCACAUCAUCACUUGGAACGUGGGUUCGGCCACGCCACCUGAUGACAUCACUUCCUUGCUGGGGCUGAAUGUGGGUGAUGGAAACACAGACAUGUACAUUAUCGGGCUGCAGGAAGUGAACUCUAUGAUUAACAAAAGGCUGAAAGAUGUCCUCUUCACAGACCAGUGGAGCGAGGUCUGCAUGGAGAGACUCAGCCCCUUUGGAUAUGUGCUGGUGACGUCCCAGCGGAUGCAGGGGUUGUUACUGCUCAUCUUUGCCAAAUACUUCCAUCUGCCAUUCCUCCGCGGAGUCCAGACUGAGACCACCCGCACUGGCCUGGGGGGUUACUGGGGAAAUAAAGGUGGUGUGAGCGCCCGCAUGACAGCAUUCGGACACACCAUCUGCUUCCUCAACUGUCACCUGCCGGCCCACAUGGAAAACUCGGAGCAGCGCAUGGAGGACUUCGAGAGCAUCCUGCAGCAGCAGCAGUUUGAGGGCCAAGCUGCCACCGGGGUUCUUGACCAUGAUGUGGUGUUCUGGUUUGGAGAUCUGAAUUUCCGCAUUGAUGACCUGGAUAUGCAAGUGGUAAAAUCAGCCAUCGAUAACAACAAGUUUGCAAUGUUGUUGGAAAAGGAUCAGCUCAAUAUGGCCAAAGACAGCGAGACAGUAUUGGAGGGUUUCCAAGAGGGGCCGCUGAAAUUCUCUCCUACCUACAAGUUUGACGUUGGAACGGAUACAUACGACACAAGUGGGAAGAAGCGUAAACCAGCUUGGACUGACCGGAUCCUGUGGCGCCUGAGAGCCACUGCUACUGCCGGCACAGCCAUCAGCGCAGGGAAACGUGGCUCCAUUUCAGGGCUGACAAGUGGAACCAAAGUGACACAACACUGCUACCGAAGUCACAUGGAGUACACCGUCAGUGACCACAAACCGGUCUCCUCCAUCUUUACCCUGCAGUUCCCGUACAGGGUGGAUGUUCCACUGGUCACAAUCAUAGUGGAGGAUGAGUGGAAUAGUAUUGCUGAUGCCACAGCAAAAUUCAAACUGGUGGCCAGUUACCCUCGCAGCUCCUGGGACUGGAUCGGUCUGUACAAGGUGGGUUUCAAGCACCAUAAGGACUAUGUGGGGUAUGUGUGGGCAAAGCAAGAAGAAAAUGAUUUUACUCGGCAAGAACAUCAGGUAACCUUUACUGAAGAGGAAUUGCCCAAAGGCUCAGGGGACUUUAUCUUGGGUUACUAUAGCAACAACAUGAGCACCAUUGUGGGUGUAACGGAGCCAUUUCAGAUCCAGCUUCCCACAACAGGCGUUGACGCCAGUUCUUCUGACAGCUCUGACUUCAGCUCAGAGGACGACAGCACUGUUGUCCUCAUGAAGACAAGGUCCCGCAGUCCCAGCCCACGCAGGGCCAAGCACCGCAGCCACAGUCGCGGCAGUCCCAGCCGCGGCAGUCCCAGCCGCUCUGGCAGUCCAGCGCAGUUCAAAAUAAAAAUGCUCGACGUUCCUGAUGGUUCUCCAUCCAGCAGCAGCACCACCACCACCACCACCACCGCAACAGCUGAAAGUGAGUCCACAGGACGCCCAGCAGAGGGCAGCAGCAGCCAGGUGUCUGCUCCUUUGGAGAAAGAAAAAGACACGGAGGGUUCAGGGGUGUGAUACACAACCGGGUCCUGCUGUUGUCACAGGUCACAUAGCCAACUGUUGUGUCUUUUAUCAAAUACAUCCACUACACUGUAUGUUUUCUGCAAUGAAAAUAUACAGUUUCUGAUGCCAUCCUUUUCAGGAACAGCCAUCUGGUUUGUCCAGAAGGCUUACUUUGCCUUGAGUUGUUCUAUUAAGCUGUGCACAUUGUAUGUAUUUUUUAUUUUAUUUGAAAACCUUUCACUCUGUCCUGUGUUUCUUCUACCUUUGUCCGUUCUCAGGUGUGGACAGUACAGGGAGCUGACACCUUGCAUUAGGAAAUACUCAAGGAUGUUAUGGUCAUGUAGAGUAAAAGAGUGAUUACUUAAUACUUUUUUUUUCAACCCAUCUUCCCCAUAUUCACCCACAACAGUUUUGAAACUCUGCAGUGACGUACUGAGCAGUCCUGUCAGCAGACUGCAUACCAACCACAGUAAACGCUUUUGAGACAAGGACAUUGCUCAUAAAUUGCCCAGUUUGCUUUAGUUGUGGAACAUGUAUCUAUUGUGAAACCAAUUCGCUCAGAUCAAGAGGACCCAGAAAACAUUUUUUUCCAAAACUUCCCACACAAGCAUCACCAGCUCUGUCAACAAUCACUCACAUUAUUUGCUUCUGCAAAUCUGCAAAUGGAGAUAGCCAUGCAGUUUGAUUUGGGGUUUGAUCUUAUGGAUAUUCCCUGUUUUGGAAAUUCAGCAGGCAUUACACAGCAACAUGACACAUAACAUGCAGGGAGCAUUUCACACGGUCCACCAAUAGGAACAAAGUCCCUCCAGGGUGCACAACAAAAAAGCAGAACCAAAGUAGGUGGAGACUGGGGGUUCAGGGGGCUCGGCUACCAGCUACGUCAGCAGCGAAGCACAUGUCAGCUUAUAGAGAGUGAAUGUGAGCGUAAAGUCCUUUAAAUAGAGCGCCAGAUCAGUGCAGCAGGAUGUGAUGGGUGUGGGAGGCUAACUGUCAGCUUGCCUUGAUUGCUGGCCACCAACUUUGCUUGGCCAACGUCAGUGGAUAUCAACUACAGCAAUAUCUGACCCAGGAAACAUAUACAGUGUAGUGCUUGGACACACAUAACUUUAUGUGAGUUAAUGAGCCUUAUCUUACUCUUGCAAAGUUACUUUUGGAAAUAAUGUACCCAGAAAAAAAAAUCACAUCAUAUUUAUUCCAUUUUUAAUAUGCACUAAAGUUUAAAAAAAAAAGACAUUUUUUGCAUAAGGUUUUCAACACAGAAGCAAGUAAUCUGGAAAUCUCUGACAAAUGUGAGCAGGAACUCUACUAUGUAGAGCUACCACAGGGCUUUGCAUUAUACUGUCAGUAGUAUGAUACAAAGCAAACAUGUUCCACUUUUGUGAAAUAUCACAAUGCGAAUGUGAUAUUUCAAAUAAAUGAAAUGCUUUCUUUUUUUUUGAUUUUGACUUCACUGUUCCUGCGUUUGUUUUUGUGUUUUCUCUUAUUCAGAUCCCCCCUAACUGAUCCUGGUGGUUAGCUGACAGUGACAAUAGUGACAUCAGUCACAAUAGUCGUGUUGCAUUGUUACCGUGUGACCUCUGAUGCAUCAUCUUAGACACUUUGUACUUUUGGGCUGUUAGCGUAGAACAGUGUACACUGUUGUAGCUGUAACCUCAGUGUGUAUGUCUGUAAUCAGUUUUUGUAUGUAUGUGUUUUUAUGGCCGUGUGUGUGUGUGUGUGCGUGUGUUGAAUGGUGGAGGGUGUCUGUGUGUGGCAGUGGAUGGGGCGUGACUGUGUCUGCAUGGUUUGCUGCUGGACAUACUGUACAUUCCGGUACUGUGAUUUUGUGCCGUAAAGUGCUGUUUUUGACUCCUCUUUGUUAUAAUCGUGGCUGUGAAAAAUCGUUAGAAAAACUUGGUAAGGACAGUAUAAACCUUAAACUUCAGUGUAAGUGUUAGAUGAAGAAAAUGCAGGACAGUAAUGCUUGCAUAAAUUUGAAGAUGUUCGAAUCAUUUCAUAGUGCAAUCAUGUAUUUUCUUGUUUUGGAAAUGAAAUUCUAAUGGACCUUUGUUUAGAUGAACCUGUUUAAAAAUUGUAUGACUUUGUCCUACUUAGGGUAAUUUAGAUACGUAUGGCAGUCAUGACAAGUGACUAUCUAUUGUGAAAUGUUAAUGAAAAAAGAUGCUCUGUCGACAGAAUGUUAUUGUUUUGUAAUUAUGUGGCUAAAAUAUAUAUAAGUGGUAGAAAACAAAAUAGGAGACAAUCUAUGCCACAAAGAUUAUUUUACUUAAAUUAUGUAUUUAUUUUCUUAUUUAACUGUUAAAUGAGCCUGAAUUCUGCUGGCCAGUGAGGGAGCAUUAUUUAAAUGGAUAUAACAGAAUAUUGAUAAUUAUUUUCUUGUUCUAUUAGAAACUAUGAAUUAUUUCCAUUUUAGCAAAUCCAGAUCCAAUGUUGCUUUUAUUGUCGGAAGUGUAGAUUGUUUAGUCUACGGGUCUUUGUAUAAUUGUGAAUGAAAUUGAUGACAAAAAAUAUAGCAAGCCUGUGCGAUAUUAAUUGUUGACAUAUGAGAAUGGUUUAUCUCUGUAAAAUCAUCUGAUCAGUGAGGCAAGAAGGUUUUUAGGGGUUGCUUGCUUUGUUCUCCAACCCAAAAACUAGUGCAACACUGUCCAAAGAAAUAAUAUAUUCCUCUUCAAAUUGU